GGGCAUAACCUAAUGCAACUUCUCGUUCCACGGAGUAAGCCUGCGGAGACAGCACUGCUACGUAAUACUGCUGGUCACAGCAGAGAUCAGCCUGAGCUCAUGCCCAUGUGAAGGCUGGAACAAAGUUCUAGCAAGAUGUGCCGCGCAAAAAGUAAAUCAUUAAUAUUUACUGGGCUGCUUUUCAACUGCCUAGGAAUGAUCUUUUCAGCUAACACAGGUUUCUCUGUGUCUAUAUACAAUGUGACAUCACAAAGCAUUUAUCUCAGAUGGCCCAAGUUUUCAGGAGCCUCUUCUUACAGAGUCACAGCUACAGCUGUGAAUACUGUAGGCCAUUCAUUACUGGCUCAUUUUAGUGAUAUUACACUGAAAGGAACAUUAUUAAUUCCCAAUACUAUUUAUGCUAUACAGGCAGAAGCUGUUGACAAGAAUAGAAUUCCUCUUGCAGAAACACAGAUUAUGCAGUCAACAGGUUAUGAGGUUUUUGCAGCCUUGCUUUACCGAUAUACUGAUUUGGCUCUGAAAAUCCUGAAUACUGAACAUAAAUUACUUGUGGUUAAGAAAUACACGCUCUAUAGUUUUGUUACUGCAGUACGCAAGAGCAUUACACAAGAGCUCUUUCUGAAUGGCCUGCAGCAUAGCACAAUAGAAAAGCAUUUAAUUGCAAUGUUUGAUGUGUCACGUUAUUUUCCUUGUGCACGUGUAAGUAUAUCAAUUGAAGAGGAUGAACGUGGAUGGUCUAGCAUCAAUUUUGGUCAUUAUUAUGUGGUUUUUGUGAAGAGUGAUGAUGUUGAAGUGCACUGCAACUCAUCACAUACUCAAUGCCAUUUGCACUCGGACUGUGGCUUCACUUACUUCAUUAGUGUCUUUGCAUGUAACAAGACAGGGCAGAGUCCUUUAGGCGAUGUACUCAAUUACACUACUGCACCUUGCUGCCCCAGUGACUUCAGGGCCAUGGUCAUGUCGAGCGACACCGUGCAGGCCUGGGCUCCUGCCCGAGGUGCUGAAAUGUACAAGACGAGGGCUGGUGGCCGGAGUGGCGCAGUGCUCUGCAACACCACCACCACGGGCUGAACCUUGUCGGGUCUGCACUGCAACACCCCCUGUACCAUCACCGUCCAUUCCUUCAGCGAGGCCAGGGGCAGCAACAAUAUUUCAGCUCCCCACAGUCCUGAAAUUAAAAAUACCUCAAAGGAGGCUCUGUCUGUAAUCAGUGUCAAUGAAGAAGCUACAUAUAUUGUCAAUAUUGACAAUACAGAUAUUGUCACUGCCAGAGCAGAGGCUGGACUUUGGCAUUGCACAAGCUCUGGGAAUUCCUGUACCCUAAUUACUCCAUGUGGUUCUGCUUUCUCUGUUAGUGCUAUAGCAAAAUCACGAGCAGGACAGAGCUUACCAAGGCUCGUUUCAAGUACUGUUGACCACUGA